UGCCUGACAGCGCUCAACAGCUAUGCCCCUCUCCAACUUCUGGGCUGCCAAUCUCGCCCUCCACGGCCCGAUCGGGUGCCUCUAUUUCCUCCUUGCGUUGAUCCCGGAGGACCGGCGCAUGCUCCCGCCCAGCCGCAAGCAGGGCGAUGAAGCGGCGCUGAGGAAAGGGCUACCGUACCGGUUGAUGCGACUUACAUCGUCGUUCCAGCAUCUCACCGUUUGUACCCACUGCCUUGCCGCCGCCUACCUCGCCGCCGCCUGCCUCGGCCGGCGCGGCAUGGCCGGGGCGCUGCGCGAGGUCCUCGGGCCGGCGGGGUGCGUGGUUGGCAUUGGCUUCUGGGCACUCGCCGUGGCGAACCCGUGGCAUAUGUUCCCGCGGGGCGACUUUCCCGCCGACGACGCUGCGGCGGAGAGCGCCGUGAACCUCCUGCUGCGGCCCUCUCUUCGCAUGCCGCAGGCAGCCGUCCACGCUCUGCUGCAGGUGCAGCACACGGCGAUGCCGCUCAUUGUGCCGCUCGAGGUCGCGCUCUACUCGGGCGAGCUGCCUCCACUGCUGCCGGCAGGUCCGUCCCUGCUCCUCGUGGUCGGGUACGGCUGCUUGUACGUGUGGUGGAGCCACCGGGUCUGCUGGUGGGCGAGGGGCGUGCCCCCCUACCCGGUCCUCGACACGGUCUGGAGGGACGGCUCGUGGCUGAAGCUGUACGGCGCGCUGAUCGGGCUUGGGCUCGGCUGUUGGGCGGGCGAGCGCUUCCUGCUCCGGUGA